CCAGCACCCGGAAUGGGAAACAUUCCAUCAUCUCUAGAACCCACAGAUGAAGACAGCCAAUCCCUCACCACCGACGAAAUCACUCUCAGCAAACUUUCAAAGGAUCCCUGUGUUUCAGGUGCAGCAUGUGAUUUAGCAAACAGUGAUUUAACCGAGGAACACAGACACUUUUCACGUGAGCUCACACCAAAGGACAGAGACUCCGUUUCAUCAUUACUUCAAAGCAAACCUGAAAAUAUUCACGAAUCGACGUCGCACCUCAAUGUCAAUGACGGUGACGACCAAGUGUCAUCUGAUAGUGAAAACAUUGUGCAUCUACCGGAAGGGCCAAAGUGCUUCGCUCUCGGUGUUUGGAAAUCAUUUCCCCGACCUGGGAAACGUGAUGAUAAGGAUCACCUGACGGACUGGCCUUCAGUCACAGUGCACCUGUACUACCUCACGAGACCAACGCAACCCGGCGGGUUGCUCAUCACCAGCACCGGAGGCAAGGACGUGCAAUACGUCUGUCGGGUUCAUCCCCAAGCGCCGUUUUCUUUCCUGGUCCAGGAAAUCCGAACCCGUGAGGGGUUCUCAUCAGUAGCACAGAAAAUUGACUCAAGCGCAGGAGACAAUGUGAACACAGGUGUCUGGGAUUCCGUGGAUAUUUUUGCCAAGCUGGAUUGCGGCUUGAUCAAGAUUAAUGAGUCGUGGACAUUCGAGAGGUUCAAGUGCGGGAAAGACGAUUUGCAGCUGGUUUUCAACGUGUUUUGACU